AUAAUGCGCUCCCUCCUCAGACCAGUGCGAGCGACGGAAGGAGAAAGUACGACGACCACGAUCCAACCAACCAACCAAACCACUACCGACCACUUACUUACGUACUUUCUCAACUAGCAAUCUUUUCCUCACUCACUCACUCACCAGCUACACACACACACACGAAAAAAAAGAAAACAAUGACUGACAACUUUCACCAGUGAGAAAAAGAAGAAGAACAAAAAAUACUGCGAGACCACAAGUAAAACUAUUUAUUUAUCGAUACAGCUCACUCACUACUUGAUUGAAAAAAGAAAAAGAAUUACUUGGUAAAAUAGAGUGAAAUUUUUUAAAUAGUGAAAUUAUUAUAUUUAAUAAGUAAAGCUACAUUUAAUUAAGUGUGUUAUUUAAGUUUGUGACAAUUUAUUUACUUCCUCCGGGUCUGAUUCUUGUGCUCAAAUCGGAAAAAAUGUGUUAACCGAAAUAGUGAUGCAAAUUCUAUAACUUCAAAGUCCAAGGUGACCCCGAGAUGAUGAUGAUGCUGGAAAUGAUGAAAUAUACACAACCGCAGCAGCAUCUCUUACUCACUCACCAAGUGAAAAUGAUUGUUUCUUGAGAAAAUAGAAGAACAAACAGAAAUUCGCGUCCCACCUCGUUGUCGAAUUAUAUACAAAUAUUGAGACCAGAGAACUCGCGUCUUCUCCUUGCGGUGUCCUUCACGGGACAAUUAGACAUUGUAUAUGAACCCUCUUACGUAAUCUGUAACUUUCUGAGUGGAUAUCAACCCAAGCAGGCUUUAUUAUAGUGUAGUAGACUGGAUGAGAGAAAGUAUAAUGUCGUCUGCGUCGCUGAAUUGUUCUUUGUUCCUUCGUAGUGAUCCCACAGUUCACAAGUAAAAGUUAUUCUCCUCCUCCUGCUACUACUUACUUAGAUACGUACACGCCGAGUGGGUGGGUUGGUCGGAUGGAGAGAGGAUUAUUACAUCCUAAAAAAUUAUGGAAAAAGAGACUGCUAAUUGUUUUAGAGCUCACUUGCUUCCGAGCAUAAAAAUUAGUCGACUUUUAAAUGUCGUCGUCACUUUUCACACUUCCAAAAGCGUUAUUAUCUCAUCAUCCGGAUCAUCUCCAGUUCUUCUCCAGAGUUGAAAGUACCGAGAACAACAAAGCCGUCGUCGCCACCGCGCAUCUUGUCCUCCUUCACCGUCGUCGUUCUCCUCGUUGUCGUCGUAAUUAUCAUCCGUUCUUGUGACAAAAAGAAACAAGAAGACAGGAAAAAAAUAAUAAUUAGUCUUCAUCUUCAUCGUCGUCUCUUCUUCGUCUUCGUGUGAUCACCCCCCAUUUGGACCACGUCGCGCACUUCUUCUUGCACCAGCAAGGAGAAUGGUUCUUUGGGUCUACGCAACGUUGUCCUUCGUCCUUCUGCUCAAAUUUACAGCCAAUGCCAUAAACACACGGGGAACCGGGGAACUUCCAGGAACUCUGGGCACAAAAGUAUCCGAAAUCCUCAACUCUAUUCGAGAAGGAUAUGAUAAACGUGUUCGGCCAAAUUACGGAGGUGAGCCGGUUGUCGUCGGGGUUACUAUGUACGUGUUAUCCAUCAGCUCCCUGUCUGAAGUUCAAAUGGACUUCACGGUCGACUUUUACUUUCGUCAAACUUGGAAAGAUCCAAGGCUGAAAUUUAAAGGACCACCCGGAGUCAAUACACUUUCUGUGGGGACAGAAUUCCUGAAAACACUUUGGGUCCCAGAUACAUUCUUUGUAAACGAAAAGAAAUCCUACUUCCACACGGCGACGACGUCGAACGAAUUUUUACGAAUUUCUCAAGAUGGCGAUGUCCUGAGAUCUAUUAGAUUGACUGUUACUGCUUCGUGUCCAAUGGAUCUGCGCUACUUCCCGAUGGACAGGCAGCUUUGUACUAUUGAGAUUGAAAGCUUUGGUUACACGAUGCGGGACAUUGAAUACAAGUGGGCCGCGGGUCGAGACUCCAUCGGAAUAUCUUCGGACCUUCAACUCCCACAGUUCAGCGUUUUGGGUCACAGACACACACAAACUUCCGUAAUCCUGACGACAGGAAACUACUCUCGCUUGGCUUGUGAGAUUCAAUUUGUCCGUUCAAUGGGCUACUACCUGAUUCAAAUUUACAUUCCAUCGGGACUUAUCGUAAUUAUCUCGUGGGUGUCCUUCUGGCUGAACAGGAACGCCACGCCUGCCAGGGUCGCUUUAGGAGUAACCACGGUCUUGACAAUGACGACGCUAAUGUCCUCCACGAAUGCAGCCCUCCCCAAAAUUUCCUACGUAAAGUCAAUAGAUGUGUAUCUCGGUACCUGUUUCGUCAUGGUGUUCGCUUCCUUAUUAGAAUACGCCACGGUGGGGUACAUGGCCAAGCGCAUCCAGAUGCGAAAAAAUAGGUUCCUCGCCCUGCAGAAGAUGGCCGAGCAGAAGCGGGCAGCCAUGGAUCAUCACGACGAACACCACGCCAAGCAAACAGAGGUUCGUUUUAAGGUGCAUGACCCCAAGUCAUUCGCCAAAGGGGUGGGUACCCUGGAAAACACGGUCAAUGGUGCUCGCGGAGGGGACGAGGAAAACCCUGCUCAUCCCAUCUUGCCACCGGGAAAGGAUAUUAAUAAGUUGUACGGCAUCACUCCUUCGGAUAUCGAUAAAUACUCGAGGGUCGUAUUCCCAGUGUGUUUUAUUUGCUUCAAUUUAAUGUACUGGAUAAUAUAUCUUCACAUUUCUGACGUGGUAGAGGAUGACUUGGUGCUACUAGAAAAGACGGAUUAAAAACUUUUGUAGAAAACAAUACUGUGCAGAUAAAAAAAAGUACAAAUCGAUCAUCAACAAAAAAAGGCACUUGGGGAUGGACACGUAAUACGAAAGGAUCGUCCAACCCAAAACGGACGACGCGGCGUCAUUAUCAUCAUCGCCCGCUACCAUCAUGGACAGAACCUUCCUUCCUUCAAGUGCCCGGUCUACAGUUGUCGUUUCUUACGUAGUACAGUUCUUAAUUUUCAACUUUUUCUUUUCGAAAGUGAAGAGCGUCUCGUGCCGCGGGGAACACAGAUCAGUGAUUCCUUCGUAGAAAUGGACAUGAAAUCAUAAUACUCACAGCAAUACUGUAUCCACCAAGCAAACCACGUAAUAACAUGCUGUACGGGCGGAUCAUCACAGGCCAGCAACUUCGCCCUCACUAUUUUACUACUAACUUUUGCGAAGAAAAAUGGGGGAUGAAGUCACUCAGAAGUUCACUGGCCCAGAAGGCGAUGAAGGUAACCCUGCAUCCAAAACGGUAUCGAACUUGCCCGUCCGUGCAACCAACUACAUACUCGAAGAAGAAAAGUAAGUAAAGUAUUGCUCGAAAAAAGUGCUGCCUAAAAUCGGAACGUAUCCAAGAGUGAAAGUAAAAGCGGUGCUAUUUGCUUUAAACGUGUGGGAGUGGUGCUGGUCGAAUAUGCAACAAGUGGACGACAUCCCUCCCUCUCUCAACCGAUCCCUUGAUGAUCACUUGACCAACCACGUCACGAAACUUGAGUGAAAUUCGCCACGAAAUAAUUUCUUCUCAUAUUACUUCUCAUUCUCUCAUCCGUUCUUCUCACAGGGUUUUUCUGCAAACUUGAAUGCUCACUCACUCUGAUUUUACUCUACAUAAAGAACAAUCCCUACACCCCAACAACAAUCUUCUUGGCAAUUUUUAACCUAUCUGAUAUGAUGGAGAUGACAUGUGUACGUAAAAUACAUAAACGCAUCGCGCUACUAUAAAUUAAAUAUUUAACACUAAGGAUCAAGUUCCAAAAAGGUCAAAAACAACAACUAAAUAAAUAAAUAAAUAACUAUCUAUUUACAUCUACACACACAACUUACCGUAUAAGAGAGCACUUUGGCACGCUAUUUACACACUACAAAUACAAUAAUUUUACAUAUUUAGGAAGAACAAAAACAAACAAGCGUAAUAAUCAGAAACCAAAAAAUUUCCACCACGAAAUUUUAUGUACAAUCCCCGCACCGAGUUAUAUUUGUUCAUCUCUCUCAAACUACCGAGUCCUUACUUAUGUAUGAAAACGCGUAUGUAUAAUAAGGGACAUUUUCUAGACAAAUUUCACACCAAGAGUUUGAUUUACAUGCUAAGGACUAUGCUAAAUAUGAGAAAGGUGAGAAAGCAACAAGUAUAAAUGCAUACAUGCAAAUGCUCAUUUUGUAUCUGAAACUGCGACGUUAAGUGAUCAAUAUUACUAAAUGUUAGUGGAAAAUGAGACACGACGGCUGAGAGAAAAAAUCAAAUCCUUAAUAUAAAUAUACCUACACACACACUAUUACCAUUCCUACAAUGUAUCAUCGUGACUCUACAUAAAUAUGCUACUGCACACACGAAUUGAUUGAUGCGCAAGAAAGACUAGCAAACAAUAAAAUUAUUAUCAUGCAAAGAAAUCUGCCUUCCGGAAACUACCCUCACUUCAAAAAAGGUAGACUUUUACGCGAGUACAUUAAAAUGGAGAUAUACAAAAAAUUAAAAAAUGCAAAACUUCCACUGUAUUCUUUUUACAUGCUGACUUUCAAUGCGACUUGGUCGUCGACCAUUGAUUAAUUACGUGUGGCGUACAUAUGUAUGUAUAUACUAAGGAAAAAAGGAGAGGAAAAGAGAUUUUUAUCUCUUUCUCCAAAAAAAUAAAAAAGGAUCAUUAUUAUUUUUUUUAUUAUGGGAAAAAUGAAAUUUUUAUAAAUAAGACUUUUUGAGAAGUCCUUGCCCAUUUUUUAUUUAGUAUGCGUUAUUCCUGACCUUGGUUGAUGUAUAUGUGGUAGGAACGAUAUCAUCUUAUCGUUGGUUGUGUUAUCAGGUUUAUCUAUCUCAUAGCCAACUCAAGAGAAUGGAAAUGAUAGAAAUUUUUUAACUUUUAUUUGCUCAUAACCAAACGGUAUGUAUGUACUAGGAAACCUUUGAAAAUCCGGCACCAAGAGUGUAUUUACAUACUUUGUUCAGGCAUUUGGUCUACUCUCUCAAUUUGCCAACAUCAAAUUCCUGCAUGAAAUUUUAAAAAAAUCUUGUGAAAUAAGGAGCUUGCUAGAUCUGCAUUGUAAAUUAUGGAAUUUAGCUGUACCAUCAAUGAAUAAUUUACACGAGAGAAUAAAUAAACCCACCAACUUUUACAGCCUUACAAACAUGGUGCUCUUCCUGUUCAUACAUAAAACGGUGUGUGUGACUUAUCUGUAUCACGAAAAUAUUACCGUGGAGAAAGUAAGUAAAAAAUGUGGUAAAUAGCAAUUUUCUUCGGUUUGAGAGACAAGAUGGAUUAAAAAGUUGUCCUGAUUCCCCCAAAAUUGCUAAACCCCGUUUGUACGUAACGCCGUAGAUUUGUAUGCAAUUACAAAAAUGUAUUAUAAACCAAACCAGUUAUAUAUGUACUACAUACAUACUUGACUAACUACCCACUACAUAUUUAUUACUGCUGCUAUACACAUGAGAGUAAAAGUCAAUUACUUCAAAAAAAGUGGUCAUGUGAAGACUGACCUCGGAUUACUACAAAUCGGAAUGAAUGCUAAAAAAUGACUCACAUAAAUACAUAUUACGUACGUAUUUACGUAUGUAUCGACAUAAUGCUACCUAAAACUUGUUAGUAAUUUCAUUCUACGGAGAAUCUUCGUGAGAGAGAAAGUUGUCGUACUAACUAAAUGCAAAGUGUCAUUUUAUUUCUUCUCUUUUGUAUCCAGAUGAAAGUGUUUCUAAGAAUAAGUAUAAAAACAUUGUGUAGUCAAUUGAGGAGAUGAAUGCAAAAUUGUGAAUAAAUAAAACCAACAAUGUGUACGUA